GAGUCUUGAAAGCUGUUCAUCUCUUAGAUCGAGUAGUUAUCAUUGGCUCUGCUAAAUAGCAUUGUCCGCCGCGUCAACUCAACCGAGUUCCUGCAUUUGAUAGAACGAAAAUAUAUCGUCUAGAACGACCUGCCCAAGGGGAUUAAGCAGCUCUGGUAGUGUUGCAUGAAGGGUAAUCUUGAGGUAUAUAGCAUAUCUGACUCCGGGCGGCAAACCAUACGAUCUCGUUACAUCGCGUCCCCCGCACUUCCGUGAUGUCUGACUUUCUAUAAAAGGGAAUACGGACGCACGCCCCCAAACUGAUCGACCAUCCGCAACGGUGGCAUUGACAGAUGGAAAAAUUAGGGAAAUUAUACAAUUAUCCGGCCGUACUCGCCAUACAUUAUGCCGAGAUGUUAAGUAUAGGGGUUUCUGUGCUACGCAGUAUAUAAUAUGAGAUAGGGGAGGUAGUGAUCGGCGUAGUUUGUUAGUGGUAGCCGUAGGUUGGAUUGCUGCUCGAUUAGACAAGACAAACUAUCUUAUCGCAAACAUGAAGCCGUACUCACUUCUAUGGGCGGCGUCCAGUGUGCUGGGUGCCUCGUGGAUCGCGCCAGGAGCCGUGUGGACUGAUACCGAUGGGAACAAAAUCGACGCUCAUGGCGGUGGUGUCGUGAAGCGCGGCGACACCUUCUACUGGGUCGGUCAAGCAGCUAGCAAUCAAACGCCGCAGAUGUACUCGUCUACCGAUCUUGUGAACUGGAAGAACCUUGGGAAGCAAGCCAGCGCCGUUACUGGUAUGUGGCGGCCUAAGAUAGCAAAGCCAAAUGGUUCAUUCUGGUUGUAUGGCCAACAAGACCGCUAUGUCCUUUCCCUCAAGUCGUCGGCACAAGUUGGUGGCUAUAGUCAGUCAGCUAAGGUUCAUAUCCCGCCGAGCGAUUAUUCCUACUCGGACACCGGCAUGUUUUAUGAUGAAAGCACAAGCACCUAUUAUCUCCUAACUAGUGCCGAUCACAACACCGUCCAGGUUAACCGCAUUAACUCCGACGGAUCACUUGGAGACAAGGUUUCAAGCCUUACGGGAGGAGCGUACGAGGCUCCGGGUAUAGUGAAAGCUGGCGGUGUUUACUUCCUUAUCGUCUCCGGAAAGACCGGAUGGCGCUCCAAUCCUAACAAGGUCUUUUGGUCGACCUCGAUUAACGGUCCCUGGGCUGGGGGAUCAGAUAUCGCUCCCCAGGCAGAGAAUACCUAUGGUUCUCAGAACACCUUUGAACUGACGGUUGCGGGUUCCAAGGCGACCACUUACAUCUACAUGGGCGAUGCUUGGGACUCGAAGGGUGGUGCUAGCUCGAACUAUGUAUGGGCUCCUAUGAAGAUCGAUUCUAGUGCCCACACCGUCAAGAUCGACUAUCAUUCGAUGUGGAAGGUCGACGUCAAGACCGGCGUAGUUUCUUACCCCAGCACGGCGAAGCGUUACGAGGCCGAGCACGCCGUUUUAUCAGGCAGGACAGUUGUGAGAGAUUGCAACGAGUGUCUGACCAAGCGCGCCGUGCAUGGUGUUGGCGACUCAAGCGAAGUGACUUUCCACAAUGUUACCGGCACUGGCGCGCGUCAAUGGCUUUCUUUCCAUUACCGAGCCAAUAACCCAGAAGCCGGAGAAGCGCAUAUAUAUGUUAACGACGAGCCCGCCGUCAACAUCUCGAGCUUGAACUCUCGCGCGGGUUAUCACUCAUCUACCCCGGUCGAACUCCUCCUGAAGCGCGGGGAUGUGAAUACCAUCACCUUUGGAGCUACAGGAAGUGAUGGAUUUGAGGUUGCUGUGGAUGGAAUCGAGCUGUUUGAAGAAGACGAGUGAUGCAGCGUUUUAUGUUCUCUCUGUACAUACUAAAUUUGAUACUGUGUUUUAUAUAUUAGUAUCUUGAAUACUUACAUAUUACUCGAACAACUUCCGAAUUAUCGUAAAU